GUUAUACACAAAUACUAUUAUUUUAUUUAAUUUAAUACAUUGUCGUAUUGAAAAUUAUGACACUGAAAUUCAAAGGGUUUGGCUCCACCUAAUAAAGAUUAGGUGCGGUGUUUCAAAUGCUAGAUAUCAUAUAAAAUAUUUGUUUUCAGAAAAUAUAUAUAUAUAUAUAUAUAUAUAUUUCUUUUCGUGUUGAACAAGCCCUCUUUCAUAUGAAUAGUUCAACAUAAUUAUGAAUUAGAAAACUCCUUUUUAUUGCUAAUCUUGUUAAAAAAACGUAUCCUCAAAGCUGCCUAUAUAUUCCCCCAUUUCGAACCACGUAUCAGUCUCAAAGAUAGUCAUCUCCAAUCUACAUAUAUUUUAUAUAUACUUCCUUUCAGUAUCAUAUACGUAUAUACUUAAUAUAAUAUAUAUUCAAGUAUAUUACUUCUAAAAAUGGUGUGUAAAUCAGAAACAUCAAACAGGAAAUUGAACAAGGUGAGGCAAAGCAAGGGAUUAUGGUCACCGGAAGAAGAUGAGAAGCUUAGGAGUCAUGUGCUCAAGUAUGGCCAUGUGUGCUGGAGCACUAUUCCUAUUCAAGCUGGAUUGCAGCGGAAUGGGAAGAGUUGUAGACUAAGGUGGGUUAAUUAUUUAAGACCUGGACUUAAGAAGAGUGCGUUCACUAAAGAAGAAGAAACCACACUUCUCUCACUACAUUCCAUAUUGGGUAACAAAUGGGCACAUAUAUCAAAAUAUUUACCUGGAAGAACCGACAACGAGAUAAAAAACUAUUGGCAUUCUUAUCUAAAGAAGAGUGUAGUACCUUCGAGAAAAGAUGAAACCACAAGAACCCCUCAAACACAUUCAGUCGCAAACUCACUUGAGGCCUUUGAAAGUACAUCCGAAAGAUCUUCUUCAUGCAGCAACUUCGGGGACUCAUUUAGGGCCAAAGUAUCAAACUUUUCGCCAAGUCUCGUGUUCUCCGAAUGGUUAGAUGACAGUUUGGUAAUGGAUCAAUCACCUCAAAAAUAUAGUUAUGUUCAAGACCAUAUUGUGCCGCAACAGAGUGGAUUCGUUGAAACGUUUAGCCAGGGUUUUUACGAAAACAACAACUCGUUGGAUAACUUCAUACCAAACUCGGGCUUUUCGUUGGAGGGUGACAUUGAGUUCUGUACUUCAUUUUCAGACAGCUUUUUGGUCGACGCUCUCGUAAGUGAACAAGGGUCAAUGUAAAUGUGUAGCGAGCCUACAAAUGUUCGAGAUGCGAAGAGUCUUGAGUAAAUUACGUGCGUAGAAGCGAAUAAAAGCGUACAUAAUUUUAAUUAGACUUCCUUUUUAAGUUGCAUUUUUAAUACUACUUCAAAACGUUCUAAUUGUUGUAUAUCUAAUAAAGAUCAAACCGGUUUGGAGCGAUCAGUUUAAUAGACUUUUUAACUGUUUGAGAGAAAAAACGAGAUCUCAAAAAUGGGACGAAAAUGCUAUAGGAAAGUAAACAAAAUAAGUGCAUCAAAAAUUAAAAUGUGAAACUUCAAUGUAAAAAUAUCCUUAAAAUAAAAGGGUAAUAACAGAGUUCAGCUCUAUCAAGAAACAUAAAAAAGCACUCUUAAGCACCAGUGAAAGCCUUCUUUGCGAAAGCAGAAGCACCAGCUGGUAUCACCUUCAACACAUUGAACCUCACAGUCUUGGACAAAGGCCUGAAGUUACCAACAACAAUAAGAAAAUAAAAAAAAAGAAUAAAUCAAUCGCUCAAAAACCAGAAUU